CGAAGUAGGUAGCGGAAGUAGCUGCUGCUCCACCAAUCACAACUCAGCACUUGGGCGUUGCCGGGCGUCCCCACCAAUCAGCGGAGUCUGAGGGCGGAGAGAAGUAGCCGGUGAAACAGUGAUCCGGGAGCCUGCAGGACAAUGUGUGAGGUUGAAUUGAGCACCCGUGUGUAUGUGAAAAUGAUUUUACAUGCCGCACGCUAUCCUCACAGCACAGUGAGUGGGGCUCUCCUGGGGCGCAGAACACCCGGCUGCCUUACAUUAUGUGAUUGUGUCCCUAUAAGUCACCAGCUGCCACUUGCACUCAGUUUAGAGGUGGCUCUAACACAGAUAGACUCCUGGAGCGCUCUUCAGGGACUGGUUAUUGCAGGAUUCUACCAAGCAAACUCUGGCCUCAGAGAUACAAGGAUCAACUCUGCCACUCUUCGAGCAGCGUCACUGGUAGCUGAAUACCAGGAUGACGCAGUGCUGAUAUUGAUGGAUAAUGAGCAUCUGUCACCCAAUCCUGGGGUCCCUCCUCUAACAGUUCUACAUCAGAACAGCAACAAGCAGUGGGCUCCCAAGGAAAAAACUUUGGUAAUGUGGGGUCAUUGGGAAGAGACUCAGCGUAUUACAAGGCACCUUCUUCAAGCUAAAGAUUACCAGAGACUCAUUGACUUUGACACUCAUCUUGAUGAUAUCAGGAAUGAUUGGACCAAUGAAGCACUGAAUGCUGAAAUAACCCGUUUAGCUACUGUAGCAAAUGGUAGCACAUGAACUCUGAAAAUAAUUAAGGGAAUAAAAUAAGGGACAGGGGAUGGCAAUACUCUAUUUUAUAAUAUAAUUGUAUAAAAUCUGUUUAUUUAUCAAGUUACAUUAUGAUAUUGUACUAAUUUAAAAUCUGAAAUUUCAUUUAUUGGAACUGACCUACUCGAUUAAAGUUUAAAAAAGUGUACAAAAAGCCACUGUUUCUUCAGGAUUGAUAUAUUUAUUGUGUCAUUGCACCUGAAGUGUGAAAUCAAUCUAUUAUUCCAUUCCAAGAUAAGAAAAUCUACGUCUUAUGCAGUGUGACGUAUAUUGACAAAUCUAUGCAGAUGAGAAUGAAUGGCACAGGAAGCGUGCCUAGUAGAUGAGCCUCUUGGUAUCUCCGCGAGGUCUUUUAAUCUUGCUGUAAUUCUUGUUAAUGGCAUCAUAUAGCAUGGC